CUACCAACUCUCAACCGAGUGCAACCAACUGAAGAUCCCAAGUUUUAUUACAAAUCCCAAAAAGACCUCAACCACACAAUGUCGUUCAUCACACGGGAAUACAAGUUUGAGAGCAGCAAGGUGAUGGAGCCGAAAUCAGAUCAGCACACGAUGGCCAUGCGGAGUCUGAGGAAACUGGUCAAACCCCUUCUGCGGCUGGUGAAGAAGAAGCAGUUGCUCCGGAAGACUCUGGCCGAGAUCCAGAACCAAAACGCAGUCAACGCCUCGCUGGAGGACAUGCGCAAAGACCCGGCGGCCAGUUGCGAUAACAUGGCCAACGAGGAGCUGGAGCAGCGACUGUACACCGAUCUCCGCCAGUGCCCCACCAACGUGGCCAUGAUCGUGCAGCAGGGUCAGCAACAGAGCAUCGUGCCCGUCCAUCCGGAGCAGACCUUCAUCCCGGUCCACUUCGCCCGCACCACCAGUGGCACCUUCUUCUGGACUUCGGCCGAGGGAGCUCGUCAGCACCACGAGCAGCAGUUGCGCCAGCAGUUCGACCGUUGGGUUCAGGCCUAAACACAUCGCCAGGAUGCACAGUUUACGUCCUCGAUGCACCGGGAAAAAUCUCCAAUUGGCAGCUUUAAGUGCAAGUGUCUCCGUCCAUUGGUCGUCGGAUGGAUGCGGGUUCAGCUUCGCAUGUUCGUAAUCUCAGGGUGAUAUUAGGCAUAGACUGGAUUCUUUGGGCUCGCGUCUCAAGGGAAACACAACUCUAAUUGAUAUUCAAUUAUCACAAUCAAGCGUUACUAUCGUUAACUCAUUGUGAUUCCUCGUGUCUUAUUAGCCUUAAGUUAGUCUUAGCCGAAUCAUUGUCUUCCAUGUUUGUUUGUUAGGGUCUUCGCAUAGGUACUAGGCUAAGAAUCAUUGUCUUCCAUGUAAAACUUUAGCUAUAACCACCUCUAUCAUAUAAGAAAUAAAUAAACUGAAAAC